UCUCCACGUCCUGAGGUGCCCAAACACGCACUUUGUCCAAAACUCCACCACACAAGACGCUUUACGUUCGCGUACGCGGUGCGCAUGUGCAGGGCGCCGCCAGCUUUUUACGCACAACAACAACAACAACAACAACAACAACAAUGGCGGUUUUUAGUCAUUUCACUGCUGGUUGCAGGAGGAAGUUCCAGGUGGAGCAGCUCAGGGUUUUGCACAAGUCGGCUUUCGGGAUCCCGUCGCCCACCACGGACGAGGACGGCGCGUCCCGCAGCGUCCUGGCGGCGGACAAAAGCGUGAAGAGCUUGAAGGAGAUGCCAGGACCCAGCACCGCCUCCAACCUGCUGGAGUUCUUCUGGAGGGACGGUUUCAGUCGGAUCCAUCAAAUCCAGAUGGAACACAGCAGGAAGUAUGGGAAAAUCUUCAAGUCCCACUUUGGACCACAACUGGUGGUCUCCAUCGCAGACCGAGACCUGGUGGCUCAGGUGCUGCGGGCCGAGGGCGUGGCCCCUCAGAGAGCCAACAUGGAGUCCUGGAAGGAGUACAGGGACAUGAGGGGACGCUCUACAGGCCUCAUCUCGGCGGAGGGCGACCACUGGUUGAAAAUGCGAAGCGUCCUGAGACAACUCAUCAUGCGACCCCGCGACGUGGCCGUCUUCUCCGACGACAUCAACCGGGUUGUAGACGACAUGGUCCAGAGACUUUGUAUCCUGCGCAGCCAGGAGGCGGACGGAGUGACCGUGGUCAACAUCAACGACCUCUUCUUCAAGUACGCCAUGGAAGGCAUUGCAGCCAUUUUGUACGAGUGUCGCCUCGGCUGUCUGCAAAACCAGAUUCCCCGGGAAACUCAAAACUACAUCGACGCGCUGCACCUCAUGUUCAGGUCCUUCAAGACCACCAUGUACGCCGGAGCCAUCCCCAAGUGGCUGCGGCCCGUCAUCCCCAAACCUUGGGAGGAGUUCUGCUACUCCUGGGACGGCCUCUUCAAAUUCAGCGUCCUUCACAUCCAGGAGAGGCUGGCUGAGAUCAAGGGGCAGCUGGAGCGCGGGGAGGAAGUGAGGGGAGGCCUGCUCACUCACAUGCUCGUCACCCAGGAGAUGAGCAUGGAGGAAAUCUACGCCAACGCGACGGAGAUGUUACUGGCGGGCGUCGACACCACCUCCUUCACGCUGUCCUGGGCCAGCUACCUGCUGGCCAGACACCCUGAGAUCCAGGAGCAGAUCUACGCGGAGGUGGAGAGGACUUUGGGCCCUCGAGCUGUCGCCACGGCCGACGACGUCCCUCGUCUGCCUCUGAUCAGAGGCCUGGUCAAAGAGACUCUCAGGCUUUUUCCAGUUCUCCCUGGCAAUGGCCGGAUCACCCAGGACGACCUGGUGGUGGGCGGAUACUUCAUCCCCAAAGGGACUCAGUUGGCCCUGUGUCACUACUCCACUUCCCUGGAAGAGGAGAACUUCGCCGACGCCUUGGACUUCCGGCCGGAUCGCUGGAUCCGGAAGGACUCCUCGGAUCGCGUGGACAACUUUGGCUCCAUUCCCUUCGGCUACGGCAUCAGGAGUUGCAUCGGCAAGAGGAUAGCGGAGCUGGAGAUGCACCUGGUCCUGACUCGGCUGGUUCAGAGGUUCCACAUCGGCACGUCUGCGCUCUCCGCCGACGUCAAGGCCAAAACGCACGGCCUCCUGUGCCCUGCAGACCCCAUCCACCUGCAGUUCACCGACAGGAACAACUAGGGAGGGAUCUUCUUCAUAUUCUGACCAACUGUACUGUUCAUGUAUGACUAGUUCAGGGGUCGGCAACCCUGCAUGCGGCUCUUUAGCGCCGCCCUAGUGGCUCUCUGGAGCUUUUUCAAAAAUGUAUGAAAAAUGGAAAAAGAUGAGGGGAAAACAUAUAUUUUUUGUUUUAAUAUGGUUUCUGUAGGAGGACAAACAUGACACAAACCUCCCUAAUUGUUAUAAAGCACACUGUUUAUAUUAAACAUCCCUCACUGAUUCGAGUAUUUGGCGAGCGCCGUUUUGUCCGACUAAUUUUGGCGGUCCUUGAACUCACCGCAGUUUGUUUCCAUGUAUAACUUUCUCCGACUUUCUAGGACGUGUUUUAUGCCACUUCUUUUCCUGUCUCAUUUUGUCCACCAAACUGUAAACGUUGUGCGUGAAGGCACAAAGGUGAGUUUUGUGGAUGUUAUUGACUUGUGUGGAGUGCUAUUCAGACAUAUUUGGUCACUGCAUUAAUGCUAGCUAAUCGAUGCUAACAUGCUAUUUAGGCUAGCUAUAUGUACAUAUUGCAUCAUUAUGCCUCAUUUGUAGCUAUAUUUGAGCUCAUUUGGUUUCCUUUAAGUCAUCUUAAUUCAAUUUAUAUCUCAUGACACACUAUCUGUAUGUAAUAUGGCUUUUAAUUUUUUGCGGCUCCAGACAGAUUUGUUUUUGUAUUUUUGGUCCAAUAUGGCUCUUUCAACAUUUUGGGUUGCCGACCCCUGCGUUUUUGUGGGAACUCAUCCUUCUGUUUUACUGAGGUUUUACUCAGACUUGGUGUAGCAAUGAGGACAAAUUGUUGUUUUCAUCUAGUUGGCUUUUCCCCCUGAUUCAGACCCACAGCCGUUUACAUAAUCCAUUAGAUUAUGUCAAUCCAGAUGUGUCAAACUCCUUAUUUUAAACGCCUGGAAACAAUAUGUAGCAAUAAAGUAC